UUGGUUCUUUAAUUUAUACUUGUUUCCCUCUCUUAAACUAUCAGGUAUUCUAGUCUCGAUCUUUCUGAUCUUUUUUUCGUUUCUCUUUUUCGCUUUCUAUUACUCAAAUUUUCACAAGUUCCCAAGUUUGAGACCUCACUGUCUGAAAAACCAAAAAUACAAGGACUUCUAUUGUAUCCCUUCCCCUUGUUACAGAAAAAAAAUUAGAGGACCCUAAAAACCAAAUCAAACCAAAGCAAACCAAAAACCAGAGAAAGAGUAAGAGAAAGCAAAAACACAUAUUAUCAUGGUGGCUGGCAAGGUAAGAUUAGCAAUGGGUUUGCAAAAAUCACCUGCACACCCAAAGAACGAAACUCCAUCUAAACCACCAUUGCCUUCUCCAAGCUCAGCAAACAAAAACAACACUUCCCAGAAAGCUGUUUUCUCACGUUCCUUUGGCGUUUACUUCCCACGAUCCUCAGCUCAAGUUCAGCCUCGUCCACCUGAUGUCACCGAACUUCUCCGAUUGGUUGAAGAGUUAAGGGAACGAGAGUCCAGGCUCAAAACAGAGCUUCUAGAGCACAAGCUUUUAAAAGAAUCGGUUGCGAUUGUUCCCGUGCUGGAAAACGAGAUCAUAGUUAAAAAUGCAGAGCUGGAACGAGCUCUGAAAGAGAUUGAGAAUUUGAGAAAUGAAAACGAGACGUUAAAAGCAGAGGUAAAGGAAAUGAAAGGAAAGAUUGAAAAAGAAAUGAAAGAGAGUGAGAAGAAAGUGAGAGAAAUGGAGGGAGUGAUAGCGGAGCUGAAAAAAACGGUGUCGUCUUAUUCUGAUCGUAGCAGUAGUAAAGCGGAGAUUACGGGGGAUAGCGACGAAUUACUUUCUUCUUCGCAGCGGUUCCAAGGGUUAGUGGAAGUUAGUGUGAAAUCAAAUCUGAUUAAGAAUUUCAAAAGAACUAAUAGUAAAUGUAUGGACCCUGUUGUUUUUAGUGCUUUGAAUAAUGAGAAAGUUGAGAGCUUGGAUUUUAAAAGAGAGGAACUUGAAACUGAGAGACCCAGACACUCAAGGAGUAACUCUGAGGAACUCGUUGAGUCGACUCUUGUUAGCAUCAGAUCUCGUGUUCCUAGGGUUCCAAAACCACCGCCGAGACCGUCAUCAUCAUCAACAUCAUCGACGUCAUCUAGUAGCUCCUCUGAUUCCACAGAGAAGCCAAUUCCUUCACCACCACCACCUCCGCCGCCGCCGCCUCCGGCACCAGUGGCAGCACUUAAGCAAGUUGCACUUCCUCCCCCGCCACCACUGCCUGUAAAAGCUAUUGCACCGCCACCUCCACCUCCGCCUCCGAAGGGGAUGAGGGCGGUUGAAGCGAGAGUGAGGAGAGUUCCGGAGGUUGUGGAGUUUUAUCACUCGCUUAUGCGUAGGGACUCAAAAAGAGAGGCCGUUGGCUGUAGCGUGCCGGAGGUUUUAACUACAACCGCCAAUGCAAGGGAUAUGAUUGGGGAGAUCGAGAAUCGGUCGGCUCAUUUGCUCGCGAUAAAGACAGAUGUAGAAACACAAGGAGACUUCAUAAGGUUUUUGAUCAAAGAAGUAGAGAAUGCGGCAUUUACAGAUGUUGAGGAUGUUGUGCCUUUUGUUAAAUGGCUGGACGAUGAGCUCUCAUACUUGGUGGAUGAAAGAGCCGUGCUAAAACAUUUCGAUUGGCCAGAGCAGAAGGCUGAUGCAUUGCGCGAGGCGGCAUUUGGGUAUUGUGAUCUCAAAAAACUAGAAUCCGAGGCUUCGUUGUUUCGUGAUGAUGUCCGGCAACCUUGCGGUCCAGCUCUCAAGAAGAUGCAGGCUCUGCUUGAAAAGCUAGAGCAUGGUGUUUAUAACCUCUCCCGAAUGAGAGAAUCUGCUGCAAAUAGGUACAAAGGAUUCCAAAUUCCUAUGGAUUGGAUGUUUGAAACUGGAAUUGUGAGCCAGAUCAAGCUAGCAUUAGUGAAAUUAGCAAUGAAGUACAUGAGACGAGUAUCGGCGGAGCUUGAAGCAGUUGGGGGCGGGCCCGAAGAAGAGGAGCUGAUUGUUCAAGGAGUUAGAUUUGCAUUCCGUGUACAUCAGUUUGCCGGAGGAUUUGAUGUUGAAACUAUGAGGGCUUUCCAAGAGCUGAGAGACAAAGCCAGAUCGUGCCAUGUGCAAUGCCAAAACCAACAAAAAAAAUUUAUUUGCAGGUCUACACCUUGCUAAUAUCUGUAGCAAACUCAGCUUCAGAAUCCGCUACCAGUUUUUGUUGUAAAGAUAAAAACAUCGUGUCUGUGAAUACAAUGCCAGCUGCUAUUUACUCGCACAUUCAAUUUAUUCCAGUGCAUAACUGAUGUAAAAUGGCCAAAUGGGACUGUCACCAUUAAAAUUUUCUUCUGUCACUCUGGAGCUAACAGUAAUGCUGCCAGCUCUUACUCUGAAAACCGAUUGAAACUGUAAUUACAGCAUCACC